AUGAAGACUAAGUAAUUAACUCAUAGUUUAGUAGGCAUUCAAAGUAUCAUCUAAGAUUAAACUACAACCUCUUCAACCUAACCAGCCUCAGGGCAGACUCUAUCAGCAAACCCUGUUAAGCAGUAAUGUCUAGACAAUUUGUCGAAAGUUUUUAACGAUGAUACACUGGUCGAUCCACCUAAAGCCUUCCAUGCCUAUAUAAAUGACUUUUGUCUUAAUCAACUACUUGAGAUCCCAAGUAAAUACUUUAUAAUUAAUUUUCAUUUAAAGAUGCUGUCAAAGCCUCUACCUGUUACUACUCAGGAUUUUUCUUAACAAGAUAACUUGCCAAAAAGAACUCAGUUUGUGACUGAAUUAAAGCACAGUAUACAAGAACAAAAGGAUUUCGACUCUACUUGCUCUAAUCUACUGUAAAACACUUAAGGCCUAAACUCUUGGUUUGACCCUAUUGACCCCAUGGUUUCAAUAAGCUAACAGGAAGUCUGCGAGAUUCAUAAAAAGCUGUUUAACCAACUCGCUUCAAUAGGGAUAAGCUCUCUUGCAGAAUAUGUCUCAUUUUCUUACUUGGUGAUUCUAGAUUUGUAUUUGAAUGCUAACCAGCAAGAAGAUUAUGAGAGUUGUAUAAAUGCUAAGGUGAAUGCAUCACCUAAAGACACUUGCCUAACUCUUAUCAAAGAUCAUCCAGUUUUCUCAAUCUGGUCAUCUACUUAGAAAUCAGAUAUUUGUGAUGAAGUCGCCUCAGGGAUUGCUACAGCAGUUGCUGUUGAUGAACUUACAGAUGGUUGUGCAAUACAGGAAGCUAUUAUCUACAAAGGCUAUGAGUUCUUUAUUAACAAUGAUUUUUCUACAGUCUUCCAACACUAUGAAAAACAAAUUUUCGCUUCUCUCGAAGCAGAGAACAAAAAGACUAAGUACUCCUCAAGUAUUCAGUAGCAGUUAUCGCAGACUAAUAAUCGUUCAAAGUAAUGA